AUGAGGAUAAAGAAUGAAAGCAACAUCAAGCCGGCUCGACAGACCAGCCUGGAGGAGGUUGUCUGGUUUUUGGCCUCAGUCCCCGAAACCACAACGAUUGAAGUAGUCGAUCAUAUCUAUCUAUCUAUCUAUCUAUCUAUCUAUCUUCUUUUUCUAUCUAUCUAUCUAUCUAUUUAUCUAUCUAUCUAUCUAUCUAUCUAUCUUUUUUUAUUCAUAUCUAUCUAUCUAUCUAUCUUUUUUAUUCAUAUCUAUCUGUCUAUCUAUCUAUCUAUCUUUUUUAUUCAUAUCUAUCUAUCUAUCUAUCUAUCUAUCUAUCUAUCUAUCUUUUUUUAUUCAUAUCUAUCUGUCUAUCUAUCUAUCUAUCUAUCUUUUUUUCAUAUCUAUCUAUCUAUCUAUCUAUCUAUCUAUCUAUCUAUCUAUCCAUAUCUAUCUAUCUAUCUAUCUAUCUAUCUGUCUAUAUUCAUAUCUAUUUUGUCAUUUUAUUUAUUUAUUGACUCUGAGUUUUAUUUGUUUACCUACAAACUCAAUUUGUUUCUGUAUAUCUAUCUCAAUCUCAUCACAUCUAUCUAUCUAUCUAUCUAUCUAUCUAUCUAUCUAUCUAUCUUAGUCCUUUUCUAUCUAUCUAUCUAUCUAUCUAUCUAUCUAUCUAUCUAUCUAUCUAUCUAUCUAUCUAUCUUUUGUCGCAUUUAUCCUGUCGUAGUCUCUCCAUCUUGUUUGAGAUUGAUCUCAUCUAUCUCCCUAUCUACAUAUUCUUAUCUAUCUCACUAUCUACAUAUCAUACAUAAAUCUUAUCUAUCUAUCUAUCUAUCUAUCUAUCUAUCUCAGUCUCUUCACAUCUGUUUUAGCCUGUUCAUAUCUAUCUAUCUAUCUAUCUAUCUAUCUAUCUAUCUAUCUAACCAUCCAUAUUCUCUUUAUUGA